GGUAUGUAGUAGUACUGUAAUUCGUGAUGUAGGAGUAAUCGGCUGUCUCCUCCAGCGCCCCACCAAACAAAUAACUAAAAUUAAUUAGUGCAAAUCAUCACCCAAAAGGGGUGACGGAGGAACACAAAGAAGGAAAGCUCCCAUUGCCAAAUUGCUGGCUCUGGCUCUGGCUCCUCCCCGCCCCCAACUCAAUCCCCCCGCGCCGCCGCCGCCGCUGGCGGACCGACCCCGCCUCGCCGGAGAAUCCACCAGCGUCGGUUUCACCUCAGGUUUUUAUGCAUGGCAGAUGACAAUGACGUCACUGGAGUGUCACCUGUGGCUGAUGAAUGGGAUAUGCUAUCCCUGACUUCAUCAAUAUAUGCUAGCCCGUUAUUCCGAAGAGGAUUUGAUCCAAUUAAUUUGCCUGGAUAUGGGGAUGUGAUUAAUAUUCAGGAAGGCACACAAACUGGAUUAGUUAUGUCAGAUGGCUUUGUGUUCCCUCCAAGUGAGCAUGAAAAUUUGCCAAUAGAACCAGAGCAUGACAAUUUGCCAAUAGAACCAGAGCAUGAUGAAUCAAAUACAAACAGCGAUGGAAAGGAAAGUAGUUGUGCUGGAAAUAACGAUGAUGACUGGUGUCAUGUAUCACCUGAAGAAAUUGAUGGCAUAAGUAAUGAAAAUCUAUCUGACAACAGCAACUUGCCUGCUGCCAGGGAAGCUACUCUACCAGAUUCCCAACCCACAGAAAUAAAUGCUAAGCGAGAGAAAGAUCAUACGACAUGCAAGGCUGACCUUCCUUGUGAAAGAUGGUGGAAAAGGAAAACCACUUAUCUAUUUCAUCAUAUAAAAGGAGUGACUACAGUCUGCUCAGUUGUGGCAGCUGGUGCUGUUGUUGGUUUUGUUGUAAUGGGUCAGAGGUGGCAGCAGGACCAUUGGCACCUUCAUCAAUUUAAGUUCAGUGUCAGUGGUGAGAGCAUGAGUCGAGUCAUUGGAGCAUUCAGUCGUUUGAAGGAUGGGCUUCCCGGGAGUGAGCAGCUAAGGUCUCUGCUGCCGACUCGCGUACUCCCGCAACAGCCACUGAGCGCUUGAGCACAGGCACCAAAUUUUGGUGGCAGGGACUGCUUCUAGUGGCAAUUUUUGUUGCUUAUAUUAUAUAUGAUUUUGAGACAGUUCAUUCUUUUCUUGUGCUACUUUAUUUUAUCUUACUGUAAAUUAGAUCGAGAUUUUCAUGGUGCUGGAAUAUUAUUAUCUUUAGUACGUAGCAACUGUAAAGUACAUGGUGGAAACACAGGGGGCACAGCAACAAUAUGUGUAAUUCUGUAUCCUGUCUUGCUACAUUGUUGCAUUACAAACCUGUUUUACUUUUUCUAUCUCAAUAGCACGCGCUUGUAUUUUGGUUUGUUCGUGCACUAAAGCUUGUGAAGCUUCAUGUC